UAUCCCGGACUACUCUCUCUCUCUCUCUCUCUCUCUCUCUCUCUCUUGUUUAUGUUUUCGGUUUUCUGGUCCUAAACAAGGAAGACGAAUCGUUGUCAUUGGAAAGCCAGAAUCCAGGUUAAUUUGUUUCCACCCAGAAGGCCAGAACCCAGUUUCUCUUCAUUAAAUAUCAUCCUCCUCCAUUUUCCGCUCGUUAAUCUCUCCUAUUUUGCUCGAGCUCUGUUGCGUUAUUUUCAUUUGUUCUGUUUUGAUCUUUGGUACAUCUUUAAUCCGCUGUUCUUGACUGGUGGAGGGUUGCAGUUGGUCACAUAUGUGGAUGUUUUAGUGUUUCAUGGAAGAUGAAGAUACCGAAUUGCGUGUCAGUACUGGCAGACCCUAAAAGUAGGAGAUCAUGUCUUUGCAGUCUUCUCCCUACAGCUUUGUUACUUUUCCUAGUUUUCUUCAUAGGGAGUGCAUUCAUUGCGACUGAUUACAAAGUGAAAUUAACUAGAUGGGGAAUGGUUGACAAUGUGCAGAAUAUUGAAUCUAAUAAGUGUGAGAAUGAAUGUAGGCCUUAUGGAAGCGACGCAUUGCCUAGAGGUAUUGUUUCCAGUACAUCGAAUUUGGAAAUGCGGCCAUUAUGGGGUUCCCCUAAGAAAAAGAACGAUGCAAAACCUCCGAGGAGCUUGUUGGCCAUUGCAGCUGGAAUAAAGCAGAAGGAAAAUGUCAAUAAAAUGGUUAAAAGGUUUCCAUCAAAUCAAUUUGUUGUGAUGCUUUUCCAUUAUGAUGGCAUUGUUGAUGAAUGGAUGGACUUAGAAUGGAGUGACCGGGCCAUACAUGUAUCAGCAAUCAAUCAAACUAAAUGGUGGUUUGCCAAGCGUUUCAUGCAUCCAGAUAUACUCCCUGAGUACAAUUACAUUUUCCUUUGGGAUGAGGACCUUGGAGUAGAAAACUUCAAUCCUGAACGGUAUAUUUCAAUCGUUAAAGAUGAAGGACUGGAGAUAUCACAACCAGCUCUAGAUCCUUCUAGAUCAGAGGUUCAUCAUCAAAUUACUGUACGUGGAAGGAGAUCAAGAGUGCACAGGAGGAUAUACAAAAACAGGAGAUGUGAUGGAAACAGUACUGCCCCUCCAUGCACUGGAUGGGUAGAAAUGAUGGCUCCCGUGUUUUCAAGAGCAGCGUGGCGAUGUGCAUGGUAUAUGAUCCAGAAUGACUUGAUCCAUGCAUGGGGCUUGGACAUGCAACUUGGUUACUGUGCACAAGGUGAUCGAACAAAAAAUGUUGGUGUGGUGGAUUCUGAGUACAUAGUUCAUCAGGGUCUCCCUACACUUGGGCGAUUUGAUGAAAAUAAGCCAAGUUCUGAAGUAUUUGAUCAUGAUUCUCCAACUAAGRACUUACGGAGAGUUGGUGCACAGCCUCCAUCUGGGAACCAUUUGAAUAAUGAUAGAUCUGCGGUGAGGAGACAGUCCUACAUUGAAUUGGAGAUCUUUAAAAAUAGAUGGAAGAAGGCAGUGGAGGAGGAUCAAUGUUGGAUUGAACCUUUUCAAACACCAGAAAAGCAGUAAGCAGUAGGUAGUGCUGGUUUAUUGGAUCUUCAUAAAUCCUACAGAGUGCAAUGUCGGUCAAAACCAAUAUACAUAAUUUUGCAUAGUACAAGCAUGCGUCAAGCAACAUUAAAAAUACAAGUACAGCUGACAGAAAAGCAUGGUGGUGAUAUAUACAGGGCUCAAGAACGGA